AGACCUGUCACUAAAACUGACGCCUGACGCACCAGCGAGCUCCCACAGAAGAAAAAUCCAACGAUAUAAGGACACACACAGAGACAAGUUACUCUUCACUGGAAGAAAGUUGUAACUUCAAAAGCUCUGCAAGUGCAAGAGUAAAGUGAAGGUGAGUUGAAGAUAAAAGCUUGUCUCUGAGAGAAGGGCGUUCUUAAGCAAUGGCUGGAGGAUUUCGUCUCAGUUUUGCCAUUUCUUUGUUACUUCUGCUUUUGGGUUUUUGCAGAGGGAGUACCAUUGGAGUUUGCUAUGGAAGAAAUGCAGAUGACCUCCCAACACCUGAUAAAGUAGCACAGCUGGUUCAACAACAUAACAUAAAAUAUCUAAGGAUCUAUGACUCUAAUAUCCAGGUACUCAAAGCUUUUGAAGGGACUGGAGUUGAGCUCAUGAUAGGAGUUCCAAAUUCAGAUUUAUUGCCUUUUUCCCAGUUCCAAUCCAACGCAGACACCUGGCUAAAGAACAGCGUCCUUCCUUACUAUCCGGCCACUAAGAUCACAUACAUAAUUGUCGGUGCUGAAGUCACAGAAAUCCCGGGUAAUACCUCUGCACUAGUUGUGCCUGCAAUGCAAAAUGUCCUCAUGGCAUUGAAAAAAGCUGGUCUGCAUAAAAGGAUUAAAGUCUCAACUACCCAUUCCCUCGGGGUUUUGUCUCGAUCAUUCCCACCCUCUGCAGGGGCCUUUAAUAGCAGCUUUGCAUUUUUCCUGAAGCCUGUGCUGGAAUUCCUUGCUGAGAACCAGUCACCUUUUAUGGCAAAUAUAUAUCCAUACUACGCAUAUAGAGAUUCUGUCACCAAUGUGUCUCUAGAUUAUGCUCUAUUUCGGUCAUCCUCAGAAGUCAUAGAUCCGAACACUGGCUUGCUUUACACAAACAUGUUUGAUGCACAGAUUGAUGCACUUUACUCUGCACUCAUGGCUCUGAACUUUCGAACCAUCAAGGUUAUGGUAACUGAAACUGGCUGGCCCUCUAAGGGUUCACCAAAAGAGACAGCUGCAACCCCUGAUAACGCACAGACUUAUAACACCAAUCUGAUCCGACAUGUCAUCAAUGACACAGGCACUCCUGCAAAGCCAGGAGAGGAGCUAGAUGUGUACAUUUUCUCAUUGUUCAACGAGAACAGGAAACCAGGGUUGGAAUCCGAGAGAAAUUGGGGAUUAUUUUAUCCGGACCAGACAUCUGUCUAUAACCUGGAUUUUACUGGAAAAAGUGCUGUUGAUAUAACACCAGAUUCAAAUGUCAGUAGCCUGAAUGGAUCUACAUGGUGCAUAGCUUCUACUAAGGCUUCUGAAAUGGAUUUGCAGAGUGCAUUAGAUUGGGCAUGCGGCCCUGGGAAUGUCGACUGCUCUGCUAUUCAGCCUAGUCAGCCUUGUUUUGAACCAGACACUCUACUCUCUCAUGCAUCUUACGCAUUCAACAGUUAUUACCAACAGAAUGGAGCUUCUGAUAUUGCUUGCAGUUUUGGAGGAAACGGGGUCAAAGUCGACGAAAAUCCAAGCUAUGACAAUUGCUUGUAUAUGACUGCUGGGGCAAACAAAACUGCAGCCAGUAAUGCAAGAGCUAUAUCGACAACCUCUUCCUCUGCAGUUAAUCUGGCCUUCGCAUGGACUACAAGUUUUCUACUUGUGGCUUUUCUGUCAAUCCUCUUGAACAUAGAAGAAUCUGUGAAGAGUUUGACAUGGAUAUGAGAGUGGUGCCUUUUUGAGAUAUGCGGGGGAAGAGAAAUACUGAUCUGGAAAAUCUGUGUUGAAGUUUAAAGGGAGAAAAUGUAACUACUGUGGAGGGGCUUGGCCUCCGGUUUUGUAUGAUAUUGUAUGUUUUUGUACAAAUCUCGCAUAAUUUGAUUGUUGUAUAUUUUGCUUGUGUUGAAGGGACUGCAGUUGCAAGUAUGCUGUUUCAGAUUCAACAAAAUCUAAUGCUUUCUUAGGCCAA